AUGUCUUCGACCUCAUCUCUCGACGCGCCUGUCGCCCAGACGGUUGGUGGUUUGACCUCAGCCACCAACCCUCAGACUGCCCAUACCCACCGACCCAAGUACACCCAUGCAACUGCUCAUGUCCCCAAUCGAGCGGCGCACUUCGACACUUCUCUUUCUGUCCCUGUCCGGAAGUACUUCCAAAUCUAUGGUCUCACUCCGCCUCGUGCAGAGAGUUCCGAGAUCCAGAAGAAGAGAUGUUUGGCACAAUUGGCUUUGAAGUCAACAGAUCUGGAGAGGUUUCUCUACCUGAGCACCAUCAGGCACAACAAUGUUCACUUGUUCUACCGCUUGUUGACCGAUCACUUCACUGAGUUGACUCCUUUGGUCUACACUCCAACCGUAGGAGAAGCCUGCCAGAAAUGGUCAGAAAUCUACCAGCAAGCUGAGGGUAUGUAUCUCAGCUUCGAGGAUCGAGGCCACCUUUCGGCUAUCAUCCAAAAUUGGCCUCAAUCUAACGUUGAGAUCACCGUCAUUACUGAUGGCUCCCGCAUCCUCGGUCUGGGUGACUUGGGAGUGGGUGGCAUGGGCAUUCCAAUUGGAAAGCUUGCGUUGUACACUGGCUGCGCAGGCAUCCGACCAGAAGGCACACUCCCUCUGACCGUUGAUCUGGGAACCAGCAACAAAGAUCUGCAAGAAGAUCCGCUGUACAUGGGCAGUCGGAGAGGCAAGGUCACAGCUGAGGAAGAGCAGGAGUUCCUUGAUGAGCUGAUGGCGGCACUGAAAGAGCGUUGGCCUGACAUUGUCAUCCAAUUUGAAGACUGGAAGAACCCAUUUCCCUCCCUCGAGCGCUACCGCCAAGACUAUGCCAUGUUCAACGACGACAUCCAGGGCACUGGCGCUGUCAUCAUGGGAGGCAUGAUUGGUGCUAUCAAGGAGUCUGGAGUUGCACCCAGAGACCACCGUGCAGUCUUCUUGGGUUCAGGAUCAGCUGGUGUCGGUGUCGCCAAGCAGAUCGUGGACUAUUUCAUGCACGAAGGACUGACUGAGGAAGAAGCCAAAUCUUGUUUCUGGCUUGUUGACAGUAAAGGCCUCGUAACUCAAGACCGAGGCGACAAGCUGGCUGAGCACAAGAUCUACUUCUCACGAACGGACAACAACGGUCAACAGUUCAAGAGCUUGGAUGACGUUCUCGAGUAUGUUAAGCCAACCAUUAUUAUGGGUCUCAGCACGAUUGGAGGCGCGUUCACCCCGGAAAUCUUGCAAAAGAUGGCCAAAUGGAACGAGCGGCCGAUCAUCUUCCCACUAUCAAAUCCUUCUUCCAAGUCGGAAUGCACUUUCGAGGAGGCAAUCACCCAUACCGACGGCCGAGCACUGUUUGCGUCCGGCUCUCCGUUCCAUCCUGUCGUGCAUAAGGGCAAGACGUAUCAUGGAGGUCAGGGAAACAACAUGUAUGUGUUCCCGGGCAUUGGCCUUGGAACCAUUUUAUCCAAAGCUGUCCAAGUCACUUCCAACAUGAUAUAUGCUUCUGGCGAAGCUUUGCCUACCAUGAUCACCGAGGAGGAGAAAGACCGAGCUUUGCUGUACCCUUCAAUUACACGCAUCCGUGAUGUCAGCGCUCGCGUUGCGUUGUACGUCAUCCGAGCGGCGCAGAAAGACAAUGUGGACCGCCUGCACCAUCUGCGCGAUAUGAGUGAUAGCAAGCUGGAAGAAUGGAUCAAGAGCAAAAUGUACGACCCACACAAGGAGACUCAAGAGCUGGAGAAUGAAGUCCGUGGCCUUGUCCAAGAUUUCAUGACCACGCCCAAGUUGUGA